AAAUUAUCGUUUUGGCCAAAGAUAUGCUAAUGAGAGAGCGCGUUGUUUACAGAGCCUGAGCAAGACAGAAGAAGACACGAUCGGGCGAGCAGACGCUUCCAGACGAUGGCAGCGUCUAGCCAAGCAGGCAGGCGGUGUGCCCUUCCGGUGAAGAAGAGACAAGGCGCAAGGAAGGUGAAAAUGAAAGACAACAUGCUGCGGCCUGUGUCCCUGGACAGCCACGAGGCCCAGGAGAUUCAGUUUGCCUACAGGAGAACAUGCUGGGAUGAGAAGAGCUUUGGAUACCAGAUAUCUGACAUACAGCUGGUUGAGAAUGAUUUCCUGCAGUCAGAGUUCCUUCAGAAGCAGCAUGAACUCUCCAUUGAAGGAAGAAGUCCCAAGGAGUUGAUCGAGGAGUUUGCAUUUCUGGAUGUUAGUGACAAGACAAAGAGGUCUGCUGUAUGUACCUCUGGACUAACUACAGCUCUGUCAGACACCGCCAACUCAGCACUGGGUGAGCCCAGUCAGGGUGUGACAGUCUGGAGGUGUCCAGACCUCUGUAUUCAGAAAGAAGCCGAUGGUGGACCAAAGAACCCUGUUGUUGCCAUGUUCAAGAUAAUGAGAGGCAGACCCAGGACAGUUGUUCCCCAGAGCAACUUGGGGUUGCCACCGAAGCCAGCCCAGCACUUUGACAGCCACGUGCCUUGUGUGGUGUUCUCUGGGGCCGAGGACAUGACCUCAGCUAUGCAGAUCUACUUGUAUGAACUCAAUAAGGUUGACCAGAAGCCUCUGACAAGACCAAGACAUUGCUGUCCCUAUGCAAUCAUCCACUUUAAGAGCAAGGCAAGUCAGAACGUUACUACAUGUAACACUAAGACAGCAAAAGUUGCAAAGAUCAGCAGACCAGUAGCAUCCAUCUCAAAACAGCAGCAGGCUGGAUCAGGCCGAAGAUUGAUACCGUUUGGAGAGAAGAUGGUUACCUACUCAAUAGCUUGGUCAGGCACACUGACCAAUAAGGACAAGGAGCUCGGCAGAGUGGACUUUCUGGCCGGCCAGGGCUGCAAAGUGCCAAGCUUAGGGACGAAAGUGUUGAGGGUGAGUGCCAAGAUGGGCCUCCCCCAUAUGAAGGACGUCCUCCCACCUGAGUGCCUGAAGAACGUGGGGUCGGCCUGGGACAAGAGACUGAGGCACGAGAGCUGGAGGUACAAUGUCUUAGUGGUGAGACCAGUACAGGAGAGCAGGGACACCAUGGCAAGAUUCUGUACCUUCCUCAGGCAGGCCAACUCUGCAACUGUAUCAACCUUGCUUGUCUCUGGAGCACCAGCUCCAGUGAAAAUCUUCUUGAUACCCUCAUGCAAGUUCACUGAAGACCUAGGGCUUGGUUUUUCUGGUGACCAUGGAAAGAUGUUUGCCAUAUUGUCAUACAAAGUUCUCCCACCGAGCUCAACACAUGCCAAACAGAAGAACAAGAAAGUCAGUAAGGAGAAGACAGGGAAGCCCCUGACAGAGAAACAACCCCACAGCCCUGACUAUAUGGACAUUGACUUUCCCCACGAUGACUAUGAAGUCGAUGACCAGGUUCCAUCUCUGGUAGACAGCUUCAACACCAAUGUCUUCACUUCGGUCUUCAACUUGGGAAAGCCAGCCCAGAAGGAAACAGAUCCCAUCGGUGGGAACAAGCAAAACAAGGGCAGUGCAAUAGCUGACGGACCACAAGCAGGGUCAAAGGUGAAGGAAUCUGUGCAACAGCCAUUCAGAGAUAUAAGCUCUGGUGCGAUACCUAAUGUAGAAGGGAGUGGGAGACAACGAAAUGGGGUGUUGGAACAGAGUAACUUUGCGGAUGAUACCAGCAUGGGCAGCCAUCGCACGUCAGAGUCGACAUCGCACGUGUUGAACCCAGUGGACAACGCCAUCCCAGUGGAUCCACGACUUGCCAGGAGGAGGCAGCCGUCGAGCGAAUCCAACACCUCCUCCAUCGAGAACAGAACCCCACCCAUAGAGACUCCGCAGUCUCCAGACUCCAUCACUCUGACUAAUCCAGAGAGAGACUUCCUUCAGUCUGCAGUUAGCCACGUUUCAUCUGUCAAGGACCUUGAUGCGGCCUCAGGAAGCAUGCAGAAGGCCGCAACCAGCAACCUAGUUGAGCAACCAGAGAUUCCGCUUGUAAGGAAAUCUCCCAACGCAGUUGUCACAACGAAAGAUGAACAGAGCAUACAGCAACAAGUCCUUGAUGAAACCAUUAAAAGUAGUAAUGAAGCAAGGAAGAUGGGUAUGAAACCCUCAACUCAGGCUUGCCUACCCAGGAAGAGGCCGGUACGUGGAAUAUUUGCUCACCUGAAAAACAAGGGACCUUCUCAUAGCAAAACAUCCAGUCUUCAUUUGGACACUGACUUGGAAACAGUUGACCUGGCAACUACUCAAAGACCCAGAGGAUCAGGGAUUCCCUUUGGUUCUGCCUUGAAGAUAACAGUUAAGAACCAAAACGUUCUCAAGCAAAAGAAUACAGAGUGCGAUACAGAAGAAAAAAGGAUAAAAAAGUUGAAAACUGAUGACAGUCAUCGUCAUGGAGGUGAAGACACCCAGAUGCUUAAACCGUCUCCCACAAAGCAGGCAGGAGACAACUAUGAUAACGUCAUGAUGGAACUUGAUAGUGAUACUAAUGAACCCAGGGAACAGAAACAAGAAGAGAGAGACAGAAUGGACAAAUGUGAAGAUGUACAACAACAGAAUGGAGUGGGCACAACUGAAGAGGUAAAAAAUAAGGGGGACUCAUCUAAACAGAGCAAAGAAGAGACUGGGGAGAAGGACUCAGCCACGAAGGCAGAUGGUCAAGAUAGAAAGAAAACAGACACUGAGCGAGCAGGCACUCUCAUAGUACCGACCCACCAUCGCUACAACAGGGGAGACUCCUUCUACAGAGCAAACUUGAUCCGCAAUCCAUGGCUGGAUGACAACGAUGAGCUCAUGCAGUACAGGCAUGUUGUACCAAAGGGAGCUACCAAUAUAAGCCCUCCAAGAAAGGGUGGCGGGAGAGAAAAUGGAGGCAAGAAGGAAGAUGACAACAACCAACAGGAGAAGAUUCAGCACCCAGGACAGCAUCAGCAAAAAGGAGAGUUGGAAAUACAUCAUGGUCGUGGACAUUUCCCUCCGUCUGGUAAACACAAAGCUGCUACAGGCUCAAGUGAAUGUAAUAUGAAAGAAACAUUUAGUGGCAGUAGUAAAGUCCUUCAGCAAGAAGAUGUAAAAGACACUCAAAAAAAGGAGGCCGAAGAUGUUACGAAUGGUGUAGAAGAAAAGAACGAAAGCCAGAUGGAGCCAGAUGGUCAACAGAAAGGUGCCAGAUCCAGCGGCUCAUCAAGAACAUUCAGCAGAUCAAGGAGCAAAUCUAAAAGUCUUUCUGUGAGCAGGACACGCAGCAGGUCAAGAAGCCAGUCUAGGGGCAGGAAUAGAACAAGGAGCAGGUAUCGACGGAAUCGUAGUAUCAAGUCAAGGAGCAGGUCACCCAGGAGAUCACCCAGGAGAUCACCUAGGAGGACGAGGAGUCGGUCUAAAAGCAGGUUAAGAGACCGGUCGAGAAGCAAGUCCAGUGAUUCAGCUCAAGAUACAAAGUCAGAUGUCAAAGCUAUCCCAAGAGCAAGGAGGUCGGGCAUCUCUGUCCCUGGCAAGAAUGUCUUCUCUGGGUCCCGCAUGAAGAUCAACAGUCCGUACAGAAGGAGGAGGCCAGAGCGGAGAAAGAGGAGCUCGAGUAGCAGCAGCAGUGACAGUGGUGAGCGGCCAAGACAAUCCCACAGGGGCCGUUAUAAUCAGGUGGACAGGCAGCGGAGUUCACACGUCAGGAGGAACAAGGCCAAGAGGAGUUGUCGCAGUUCUGACAGGAGAUCAAGCCGAGAUGAAGAUUCCUCAGCUAGCAGUCCGGAGAGGAGAUCCUCCAAGAGGCAAAGAGGGUCGAGGAGUAAUCGAUCUAGUGACAGUAAUAGUAAUGACUGGCGGGAUGUCACUAAAAGUGAUGGUCCUCAAGAGGAGCAAGGCAGUGAGAAGAAGCAUAAUACUGAAGGUAAAGGAAAAUCAAGAAAAGCAACAAACCCAAGCAAUCUGGUGAAGAAGCAUUUGAAGAAAGAAGUUGGAGAUUCAAACCAUUGCAGUGAGGAGAAGAAGCAGAUGUCCAAAGAAAGGGUAGACCUUGUGAAGAGGGUACUCUUUCUCACAACAGGAAAAGUGGUAAAGUUCAACCAAACAGACAGGUUGCAUAUGCAUCUGUUCCACCUCAGCUUAGAAGGCCUUCAGCAGGAGGCCAGGAGACUUGCCAUUAACAAGGGACUUGGUGAAGACUGGUUGAGAGAGGAAUUCCAGCCUGGGCUUGAUGAAGGAGGAUCUCCUAGCCAAGAUCUCAUUGCUAAACACACCUCUACAAUGACCCGAGAAGCCUUGAUCUUUGAGAUCCGUCAACUCACAAAGGAAUUGAACUUGAACACACAGAGUUAUUCUUCCAUCAUUUUUAGGAAAAUGAACAGAAAGGAGCUAAUCGCUAGCCUCGAAGAGGUGAGGACCUUAAAACGGGAAAUCUUGGCAAUAUCUUCGCCUCAGAGCACGACUAAAGCGAGUGGAAUGUUGACAGUGAGGAAAGAAGCGACCAAAAUGUCAACAGACAGUACCGGCUUUGAUGACAAUUCUGGAAGAUCUUUGCCUCAGAGACAGGGCGAUGCCCUUGUUAAGGUCAUUAAGGACUCUGUCGGAGUGCCCUUUAAUACUGACAUAGGAGAGGAGACACAGAAGCAACUGAUGAUAAAGACGACGGAUGAUCUACACGCAGAAGCUACUGUGAAUGUGCCACAAGAGUCCCAGACUGACCCUAGGUCCAAGUAUCAGCUUGAUGUCCGUAUGGUUGGGAUGCAGAAAAGCAAUGCAAGAAGCGAAAACAGAAGUGAAGUUUGGAAGACGGAAACACCAGUAGAUAUGACAAUGACAAGAAGUUUGGAGGACAGAAGAUCAGGAUCUAUGCAGGGCAGAGAGGUCCAUGUGGAGGCAGUGGUAGCCAAGGAAACAAGCCUACAGGCACUCACUGUGCCCCUCUCAGAGUCAGACCAACCAGUACCUCAGCCGAAUGAUGCAGAAAUCCAGGUCGAUGCAACUGCGGACAGUUGUGGUGUUGCUAUGGAAACAGAGGAGGGGGAUACAGAGAUUAAAACACAUUCUUCUGAAGACAUGAAAACGCUUGGCAGCUUAGUUGAGUACACAACAGACUCAAGUGAAGAAAGUGUUUGUCAGGAGGCGGAUAUGUCUGUGUCUAACUUGCUGGAAAUAAAACCGGACAUAAUGUCAGUAAGUAAAGAAAGUUUUGGUCAAGUAGUUGAACAAGAAGAAGAAGUAAAAUGCAAGCAAGUUACUGAAAUGGAAGAAGAAUCAGACUGCUUAUUAGUUUUGGAACAAGAAAUUGAAGUUGAAACAGUAUGUCAAAGUGAAAACUUUCUGCAGGAAGAUAAUGGAGUAGAAACAAAAUCAAGAAGUGAAGAAAUUUUGAAGCAAGAAGUUGAAACAGAGUCCAAAAGUGAAGAAAUUUUGAGGCAAGAAAUUGAAAGAAAUUUGAAAAGUGAAGACAUGUUGAACCAAGCAGAUGAAAUAAAGUCCAAAAAGGAAGAAGCAUUGGAACAAGCAGAUGAAAAAGAAUCCAAAGGCAAAGAAAGUUUUUAUCCAGAAGUUGAAACAGAAUCCAAAGGGGAAGAUUUUAUCCAAGAAACCAAAAUUGAUUCAAAAUGUGAAGAGAUUUUGAAGAACAAAAUUGAACCAGAGAGAGAAUCAACAUGUGAAACUGUUUUGGAGCAAGGAAUCGUAGCAGAGUCAGAAUCCAAAAAUGAAAACAUUUUACAUAAAAAAAUCAAAGAAGAGACAGAAUCCAAAAGCAAAGAAAGUUUGAAGCAAGAGGUUAAAGAAGAAUGUAGCAGUGAAAAACCUUUAAUGGAAGAAGUGAAAACAGAAGUGAAAAGUAAAGAAACUUUGGAAGAAGAAUGUCAAGUUGAAGUAAAACAGAAAACAGGAGUUUGGUCCAAAAAGAGGUCAAAGUCAGUUGUCCUAAACAGAGAGACCAAAGACGCUCUCAUUGAGGAAAACAAAGACUGGGUGGACAGGGUCCUGGAGCAGGCAACACGGCCACCAGGGAAGGCACUGGGAAACAAAAUAGACAAAGAUGCUCUUUUGAAAAAGAACAAGGAAUGGGUGGACAGGGUGUUGGAAAAGGCCAGGAGACCUCCAGUGAGAAACAGUGACUGUCAUACUCAUAGAAAGGACAAGGACAUGAUGUCAGAGCGAAGUAGGGAUAAGUUGAGAAGGGACUCAAAUAAAGCUGACACGUCAGCAAGGAGAGAAACAUCGCACUUGUACCGGCAGCCAUCUUCCAGAGCAAGGUGUGAUGUCAGUGGGAAAAAACAAGAUGCAAUGCCUGUUAAACAAGCAUGGAGCGCCCCUCAACCCAUCUCACCAACUCCAGGAAACCUGGCCCUGCAAUGCAGUGACAUUCCACAAGGUGGCAUCAGCCAAGCAAGUUGUUCUACUGGAGUAGGUAAUGAAGCCCUGAAGAAGGCCCCAGCGAUGGCGAGCCACAGAGAAAAGUGCUUGGACUGCAGCGCACAACCAGAACAAACUCCAGUCAAGAUGGCAGAGCAACAGCAGGGCAAAACUCCCAGUUCCAGCAUAACUGCCACUUCUGUUGGUGAAGACUGGGUCCCUGCAGAUCCAAGGUUAAGGUCAAUGGUUCAACAGGAGGUCGGUGAGGUCACAGGGUCAGGUCAAGGGGGUGGCGACGGAGAUAUUUCUUGUGAAAGUGCUGUGGGAAGUGCUCCAUGCGUGCGAAGGAAUCUGUUGGAGAAUGAAUUAAGCGACGCAGUUGUUGGUCCAGGCAAAGAUGGUGGUGCCAUUUUCUCCCCCUGCGACACUACGUCUGGAAGUGGUGAGAACAGCCCAGAGGAGCGACAACUGAUGGUGCCCAGGGGGGAUGGUGGUUUCCCAGGCGAUGUGCUUAUCCCCACUCACGAGGGAUUGGGUCCAGUCUCACCCGAGGGAUCAGACAGAGAGCUGUACCAAGAGAAGGACUCGGCCCUCAAAACAAAGGGGCAGCCGGAGAAGAGCAGUGUUAGAAAUGGCAACAGUCAGAUCUCGCCACCAGUGCGGAAUGCCAGUGUAGUAGACUAUGGACAAAGUAUGCAGGACAAAGUGCCCUUGUUUCUGAGAGACAAGGUUGGUCUAAACCCUCGUUGUUACCCAGUGGAGCAGCCGGAAUGGGGGCAGAAGCUUCCGACUCACGACCAGGACAGAGGACACAGAUACGGUCCACCCCCAGUCAGGAGUCAGGUCAGGCCGGGACAGGACUCUAGCCUAAAGGCUCAUGUAUUCCCUCGACCCAGAGGGCAUCAGCAUAGUGUAUCAGGCCCGGUCCAGUUCCGAAAGCCUGGACCACCACACGUCCAUCCAUCGCCACGCAUGCCUUACGGUUUCCAGCAGCGCUCCACUCCUCCGACCAGAUUACCACCUCCCCAGUACCCUCUCCAGCAAACCUGUCCUUCCCAACCUCCCCAGUCCUCUCCUCCCACCAGACAACCACCUCCCCACUACCCUUCCCAGCAAAUCUCCCCUUCUGGGCCCCCUCACCCCUCCCCACCUCGCAGAUUACCACCUCCCCACUACCCUCCCCAACAGACGUCCCCCUCCAGACCUCCCCACCCCUCUCCCCCUCGCAGACUACCGCCCCACCAGCAGACCUCCCCUUCCCGACACCCCCCUUCUCCCUGCCGCCCCUCACCAUUGUCACCCAGACGUGGCUGCAGCCAGACCCCACCCAGGCCGCCAAUGUCUAACCUCCUGCCCAGACCUCACCGUGGCCCUCCCCAACACUUUUCAGCUGGCGGCUUUGCCUCGACACGUCAGCACGACAAAGAUGCAGAAGUGAACAACAACAACUACGCAGAUGACUUUCAAUACGAGUACAGUGAACAUAACCUUGCUCCACCCAUGUCCAACCUUCCAUCAAGACCUCACCAUGGCCCUCACCAACACUUCUCGGCUGGCGGCUUUGCCUCCACAGGACAGCACGACAAAGACGCAGAAGUGAACGACAACUACGCAAGUGACUUUCGACACGACUACAGUGAACAUAACCUUGCUCCACCCAGCUAUCCUGCCCAAGGUAGAGGCAUGGUCCGUGGCUGUUCCAGGGGAGGAGGCAGAGGACAGCCCUACCCCAACCCUGCCAGAGGACGGGCUGGUCGGGGUGGGUACACCAGCCAUGGGAGGUGUCCGCAGAGAGGAAGGGGUGGGAUUCGAGGGAGAGGUUUCAUGGCAGGUGCAGUACAUGGCAGGGGCAGAGCUCAGCCGGCGUGGUAAAUCGGCACAGGGAACAGUUUUGCUUUGUUUUGGAGAGACAAAAUGCACAUCUAAACUCUUUGUUUGAUAGACUCUUGAAUCACUGGCCUUGAAUGACUGGUUAGUUAACUUGUUGUUCCCAGGUUCUGUCGCAAAAUGUUGCAUAUCAGAAUGCUUGUUUUUUUUCCAAACCUUGUGUUGAAGAUUGUAGUACCAAGACACUCACUAGUUAGUGGAAAAGUUUGUGAUGCCUUUAUUUAAAGAAUCUUCUGAACCUAUGAUCAAAAGAUAUACAUGGAGAAUUGUGGAACUCUGCAUGUUGGUUUUGAAAUACCAGGGGAACAUUGCUGUAAAAGAUGUUAUAAAAGACAUAAGUUACUUUAAAAGAUGGUAAGCAUUUUGAAAAUCUUAAGCCUGCCGAGAUAGCUGUUCAGCACCAAGUUUGUAUUGGCAGUGGGGUUGGGCAGUAGGGAAUAUGUGAGUUGCUGCUCUCCAGGAGUUUAUGUUUAGGAACAACCAAUCAUGUUUAAGCGUAAGAUUUGUUAAAGCAAUUGUUCAAUCCUGACAGAAGAACAUGAUAUUUUAUAGAAGAUAUCAUCAUGUUUUCUGAUCAAUAUCUAUUUUUGUACAUAAGAUCUCUAUAAGUCCCAUUUUCUAUGGGGAAAAACGUUCCCAAUUUUUUCUUUUCUGUUAAGUGAAAAGACUUUCAGGGAAGAUUGACUUGUUAUUUCCUUAAUACAUACUAGUAUUAUAAGGAUGUUCGAGUUCUGUUCAGUGUUGAGUAGGAUAUUUUUUAGUUCAGGUUUCUUGUUACAGAAAAGUUGCCUUAGGACAUUAGGUGAGCCAGUAUAUCUAACAUUCCUGAUGAAAAGAUAUUUGCAUCUCAGGAUAUUAUGAAGAUUGGAACAAGACUUUAGUAGGUUACUGAAUAGUCCAGUGGCAUAGCUGAAAAGUUGUGCAAAUUUGUCUAGAAGCACCAAAUUAGGCUCAUGGGAAGAAAUUGAGAUGCCUCCAUGUCAAGAUUUGCAUAGAACUUGUUCUUUUUGUUUUAGUAUAUUUGAGUGCCAAAUCUGGUACUUCUUUUUAAACAUUAAUCUGCACAAUUUGUCAGCCAAAUUGGGUACUUUUAGAAAAAUCUGCACAGUGUAUCUUCAAAAUUGUGUACUUUAAGGCAAAUCUGCCCAAUUUGUCUUUCAAAUCUGGUACUUUUAGACAAAUCUGGACAAUUUGUCAGCCAUAUCUGGUACUUUGAAACAACUCUGUACAAUUUGAUUUGUCAGCUAUGCCACUUGACUAAAAGAUGAACUCGGAGGGACAGAUGGGUCUAAGGUAGUACACUACCAGAAAAAUGUACUUGCCUCUCGAUACCAACUCUUUAAAAGGUCUUGAAACCAUAAUAGAUUUGGUACAGCCUGAAGCUGCUUUUUGACAUCUCAAACAAUGCAAUGAUAAAAGUUGCAGUGGUGAAAAACUAUGCAACAUGACUCACAAGUUUAUACACUUUAUUUCCUUUGUAGUAUCUUACAGAUGGUUUGUUUGGAAAGAAACGUUUAAGACAGUUGAGUACAUGGCCAGUAUGUUCAUUUGAGUUUGUAUUGUUAGUGACAGUAAGUGCACCAGUCAGUUUAAAUCAGAUAGUAUGGUGUGGGGUUUUUUUGUAUAGUACAGUUCAAACCUGGAAGGUUUGGACUGGGCAGGUCAACACAAUGUGCAAUUUUUUUGGCGUUUUGCAAUUAUUUUGUGGUAUCUUUAGCACAGAUAUUUUUGGCAUGUUGGGAACAAAAUUCCCUCCCAUUCUCUUUGAUUGUGUUCAGAACAUAAUCUUGUUGACAUGGUCUCAUAUAGUUUGUUUAAGUUGCACGCCACUGUCAGAUUUACACUGAUUGCUGCAUCAUUCUGGUUAUUUCAAGAAGAUUCAUGCAUUUAAAUCUGUUCUAGUUCUGUUUGAAAUUUUAAUAAAAGUGUGAAUCGUGGAUGCAAUGUGA